AUGACGGGACACCAUCGCCGGAGUGGUUUGAGCGCUUUCGCGUUCCUUUUCCUGUCGAUUGUAGGGGUUGUGGAAUCCGCCGCCGCGGCUACAUCAGACGCAGCUGCGUCGCAUGAAGCGGACGGCACAGCAGCUGCGCGAUUCGGAACGACUCUGCCCACCCUCCCGCUGCCAAAUUUCGCACUGGGCGAACUCCAGGCGAAGAGCGAUGAGGUGGCUACCGUUCUGGCCGAGCAGGGAAUUCUUACGCUUAUCAAGUGCAAAAAUGUCUGGGUCUGGAAGGUUAGAACUUGUCAUGUUAAAUCUGAAUGAUGCAAAAAUCUGUGUUGCGUGAGUACCAAAAGCUGUCCGCUUUUGACCAAUCCAAGUUGAGAGGGAGUUUCUCACGCAGGAAAGGCAUGAUCGAGACCUCAAAAAAUCUGUCAUGCUGGGUCUCGCAUUCCAGACCUGAUGGGUCAUGGAAAACCUGCGUCACAAAUCUUGCAUUCUUCCAGACCCAGACAUUUUUGCACUUGAUAACGCUCUCCGUGCCCCGAUUCAAGGAAACCAAAGACGAGGCGUUCGCCGUAUGGAGUUCUCAGAUGUUACAUUCUCAACUGUUACAUGAAUUUGUAAUGCAAGAAGGGCAAAAGUGAAAGGACAAGGAGGAAGAUUGCGCCUUUCGCAUUACAGAUUUGGGACGGAUUAUAGUGCUAUUUAGCCCUCCGCAAAUUUGUCAUGCGGAGCAGCUUGAUCGAGAGGAUGAUGAUGGUGUUUUUGCAUGACAAAUUCAUGCAACAGUUGAGAAUGUAACGUUUGAGAGCCCCAUACGCCGCGAUCGCGAGCUGUGCACCAAAUAGCGCGGUGUCAAAAACCGAGAAUGGCUGGACAAGGAAGUCGCUCGCGGGAGCCAUGCAGGCCGGAACGCUGAAACGCUUCGAGGGUGUGACGGAAGAGAAUUGUCCUGGUAUAAAGUUUGAUGCAUCGAUGCCGAAGUUGGAAGGUUAAAUCGGUCUUGCACGACACGCACAUAGGGUUAUUAGUUUCUCAACAACAAAAUCGAAGUUUCUCGCCUCCAAUUGUUGAGAUCUGUAAGCUAGAAAGUGAUUUGAUUUUCUACGUACAGGUUUCCAGGCCAAAAUGCUUCGGUUUCGCGAACUUGUGCGAAACGCGGUGCUGAACCUCCUUCAGGCGUUGGAUGAGGUCGACAAGUCGGAAGAUCAGGAGCUAACCCAGCUCCUGUACACGGCACAACAUCUGGAACAUAUUCACCACGUGGUGAAAGCCACAGGAGCUCCGCAGAGUGCUAUCGGAGAAGGGACUGGGACCGCAGUAGGGAACUCGAACCUUCCCCGUGGAUCUACCGCAACAGCGGCCCUGGAAACCGACGAAACCGCGGCUGCGGUUUCAUCCGCGCCCACAGCUGCGACUGGAGAAGCUACUCCACGAACAGCAAACACAGAUGUGCUCCACCCUCUGCACGUUGACGCGGGGUUGCUGCUUGCCAUGACAAAUUUGCACCAGUCUAGCACGGUGAAAACCAUAUUCGAAAUCGAAUUGGCCGACGAGUCGACGGCUGUGGUCAACGUCGAUAACUUGGAUCGGUUGCUCAUUAUGGGUAUCAUUUGUAAAGAUGUCCCCAUCCCAGAGUUGUGAUGCAGAUUUGCAAUGACAGGAACAUGUGUAAUGCGCAACUCCAUGAGAGGCGUUUCUAUUCGUGUUUUGGCAUUUGUAAUGCUGUAACCAGAAUAAGCAGAUGGAUUUGUGAUGCGUUUGUCCUUGCUAACCUGCACUACAUUGCGAACAGCAACUUGUGAUGCGUGAGUCCCAAAACUUCUAUGUUUGUGUUGCAAAAUCCCCAUCUUGACUAGGGGGUGGGGACGUUUUUGCACAGGAUAAUGGGAGGUCUCGGCUUCAACAACUGGCACAUGGCCCGGAACGGCCUGAAGGUGCGAGCCGUGCCACAUCGCGUGAGGUUCGAGAAGGUGAGUGAUACUGCGUCGGCAGGUCAGACGCAGCAGGAACUACAGAGCCAAAUUCAGGGUGCUACUACUCAGAAUCAAGAUACUGUUGCUGAUAAGAGAUUAUGGUACGGUAUGAUGCUUCUGCCUCCACAGAACUACGACAUCGGAAGGUUCGGCCACUCGGAAUCCGUUCCUUUUUCAGAGUUGGCCACACUCUUGAGAAAGGGGGAGUACACCAAGGCUGGCAGUCUCGCCUGCGGCCCGGGCCUGGUCCUGGAAGAAUGGUUCGACAAGCGAGAACAAGAGAUGCGGAGAAGGCAAUUAGGUACAACUAGAGCGGGGGGUAGUGGCAGUGGUACAUCAGGUCAACAAGGUCAUCAACAGCAACAGCAGCAAGGAACUUCUCCUCAAGUCAGUGCUGCGCAGAAUUAUGCGGGCGACGAACCUGGCUUCCUCCACAACCUUCGCACCGGUGUACAGCAGCACUUCGCGCCGCCACAGACGCAACUGGUAGCCGCCAACCGCGCUUCCUCAGGACCAGACGAUGAUCUAGAUGAGGAGGAGCGGGAGCGGCAGGAAGCGGAGGCCGAGCCGGAAAGCGAGAAAAACAAACAUUUGCGGUCCGUCUGCGAUUCCUACGGGGGGUACUGGUGCUGGCACCGCUGCAUGUACACGAAAGCCGGCCCCUUCGAGGAGCACCAGCAGAAGAAGCAAGAGAGGAGCGAGUUCGGGUCGAACUUUUUGUACGCCAACGGGUUGGAACAAUGUCCGGACCGCGACGUGCUAUCCUGUGCAAAAGUAUCGUACUCGUAUUGCAGUCAUGCAUUACAAAUCCUUUUGCUAAGAUAAAUCCGCAUUACAAAUUUUGUUUCUCAUGCUGAGGAAAUUUGUGAUGCAUUUAUACGAGUGCGAUACUUUUGCAGUUCAUACAUGCAGUGCGUCUACAACACCCCGAAGCUCGAGCCGUGUAAAAACGGCCACACUUGUAAACUGCACUGCGACGUGGACAGGCGAAGGCGGAACACCACGAACCCGGCGGGUGCGCCAAAUCCUGGGAAUAAUGCUCAAAGUGUGAAUCUUCAGGAACCGAACCCGUUCUGCGGCCCGAGCGAGACUAUGAAUUGCAAAAAUGUCUGGGUCUGGAAGAUUGCAACUUGUCAUGGUAAAUCUGAAGCAUGCAAAAAUCUGUGUUGCAUGAGUGCCAAAAGCUGUCCACUUUGGACCAAGUUGGAACGGAGUUCCUCAUGCAGAAUAGGCAUGGCAGUGGCAGAGACCUCGCAGAGGCUGUCAUGCUUAGUCCCGCAUUCCAGACCUCGCGAGUGAUGGAAAAACAGCAUGACAAGUCUACACUCUUGCAGACCCAGACAUUUUUGCGCUUGAUAGAGACCGACAUGUUCAUGAACGGGUUCCAAUCGAUCCUGUUCGCUUCCGAGAAGCAAGACUGCAUCAUGCUGUUUCACAGCGCGAUACUCCUCGACACGCACUGGAAGUUUGCGCUCGGGUUUCUCUUCAUCGUCGCCUUUGGGGUUUUCACGGAGUGGAUUGUGUCUGUGCGAAGGAAGAUCGACACGGAUCUGCGAACCGUUGGGGGAAAACUGGUGAAAGUCAGCUUGUUUGCCGCCAACAUGACCAUCGGGUAUCUGAUCAUGCUAUUGACCAUGACCUACAGCUUCGAACUCUUCCUCGCGGUGAUUCUAGGCCUCGCCGGCGGCCACUUUCUGUUCAACAGCCGAGCCCCGGUGGGGGAAUCGGUCACCGCGUGCUGCGCAGGGCGGAACAACCCGCAGGGGCUGCGCCAGACGCUGUUCGCACUCGAGGAGCAAAUGCGAGACAAUGAGGGGAACAGUGGCGGUCGCACGGUGGCGAUCGUUCCACCUGGCGAAGACGACGACGGGAGCGGAAUCAAGGAUUCUGAUGUACAGUAGAUCUGUUUAUUCAUACUAUUGCUUCCAGUUGCUGACGAAAGGAAGCAUAACUUUUAGCAUUUGUCGUCGUCAUCCUACCCAAUCCCUUUUGUUCAACAAGUCGUGGCGUUCUUCGGGUUCGUUUGCUACAUCGAUGAACGUUGAUAUGAAUCUCUAGUAGCUGAAAAAUCCCUUAUUUCGAUUUCGCAUCAUGAUCCGCACGAAACAAACCUCAGCUUCUCCUGCAGCGCGGAUCUGGCAUCAAUCAAUCCCAACCGAUGGGCGCGGGUAGUGCCAGUUUGUUGCAGAACGGAGGUAGUGGUUCCGGGGAGCGAAUUAUCAUCGGCGUUACAGGCAUGACCUGUGGAAACUGCGAGAUGACGGUCCGCAACGCACUGAAAGUGCUGCCUUGCGUGGACCAGGUGCACUCGGUGUCUUUUGCGCAACAGCGGGUGGACUGCACCAUUCAACACUUGGAGCAGCGGGCCGACGUCGUCGAAGAGAUUGAAAGUCUCGGAUUUUUGGUGAAGCAAGCCGUGCCGGCCUCCGCCUCGCGACAACGAGGAGCGUGAAACCAAGUCGUGUAGAAUGAGUGCCUCGGCACUUAUAGAUAUGGAGGAGAGGUAUUUACAACCUUUCAGGUACGAUCGAUAAUUUUUCCUUCGAUAAAUAUUAGAUUUGACAGACGUUCAUUGGCUACAUUUUGCAACAAGAGAGUGGUUUACGCAACACAGAACGGCAGUCCAACACAUGUAAAUAAACAUAGAGAUCAACUUGCUUUUACCACGAAAAAACGCGAUAAGAAUUUGCCGACGACUCGUACUCGCACAACCUCGUC